CCUCUGCUUUUUUAUCCAUCCGAUCCAUUGGGCGAGGCCAAGCGAUAAGGCAGAGCCCAGGCAGGCCAGGCCAUCAUAAGCGCGGCGAUCGGGGAAGGAGCAGCAGGAAGGGCAGCCAUGGCGAAGCCCAUCUCCAUCGAGGUGUGGAACCCCAGCGGCAAGUACCGCGUGGUGAGCACCAAGUCCAUGCCGGGAACGCGGUGGAUCCGCCUGCUCACCGACAACGACUGCCGCCUGGAGAUAUGCACCGAGGCCAAGACCAUCCUCUCCGUCGACGACAUCCUGGCGCUCAUUGGCGACCGGUGCGACGCUGUCAUCGGGCAGCUCACCGAGGACUGGGGGGAGGUGCUCUUCUCGGCCCUCAAGCGCGCCGGCGGGACGGCUUUCAGCAACAUGGCCGUCGGCUACAACAACGUCGACGUCGAGGCUGCCAACAGGAACGGCAUCGCCGUCGGCAACACGCCGGGCGUCCUCACCGAGACCACGGCUGAGCUCGCCGCCUCCCUCACGCUGGCAGCAGCCAGGAGGAUCGUGGAGGCGGACCAGUUCAUGAGGGCUGGCCUAUACGAGGGAUGGCUCCCGCACCUGUUCGUUGGCAACCUGCUCAAGGGGCAGACUGUUGGGGUCAUCGGAGCUGGUCGCAUCGGCUCCGCGUAUGCACGCAUGAUGAUCGAGGGCUUCAAGAUGAACCUCAUCUACUACGACCUCUACCAGGCCACACGCCUUGAGAAGUUCGUCACAGCAUAUGGGCAGUUCCUCAAAGCCAACGGUGAGCAGCCUGUCACCUGGAAGAGGGCCGCCACCAUGGAGGAUGUCCUCAGGGAGGCUGAUGUGAUAAGUCUGCAUCCGGUGCUGGACAAGACCACUUACCAUCUCAUAAACCCUGAGAGGCUGGCCAUCAUGAAGAAGGAUGCGGUUCUUGUGAACGCAAGCCGGGGGCCUGUGAUCGAUGAGGUUGCCCUGGUGGAGCAUCUCAAGGCCAAUCCCAUGUUCCGCGUUGGGCUCGACGUCUUUGAGGAUGAGCCUUACAUGAAACCUGGACUGGCCGACAUGAAGAACGCCGUCGUUGUACCACACAUUGCAUCAGCCUCCAAGUGGACACGUGAAGGAAUGGCAACGCUGGCUGCUCUCAACGUUCUUGGUAAGAUCAAGGGUUACCCUGUUUGGGGAAACCCCAAUCAGGUGGAGCCCUUCUUGAAGGAGAGCGCGACGCCACCGCCUGCUUGCCCGAGCAUCGUUAAUGGCAUGCCAUCUUCAAAGCUUUAGGGGCCAAUUAAAGGACGUUGCUACUGCAUAUGUUACAAGUGAAGCGAAGAUGCAGCUGCCUGCCUAUAUACAUAUACUUGGAAGGCAUCUAUCAGGUCAGGGCUGAUGAGCAGCUGCAGUCUGCACAGCAUAUGCAGUCAGAGCUUCCAUUGAUAGUAAUUUUUGAUCCAUGCAUGUAUAUGUAUCUGGAAUAAAGCCAUCAUGUGUAAAAGCAUAUGCAUGUUUGCUGUGGACCGGCCGGCCUGCAGAUCUAGCUAGUAGGUACUUGUUGCUUGCACUAUUCACACUGUUCGCUGGGCUGGAGCUAGAGUGGUGUGAGAGAAAAACACUAUUGGCUGACUAGGGGCUAAUGCUGGAGCGGUGUGAGAGAAAAACACUAUUGAGCUGGAGGCCGGUGGAGCUGCCGAACACAGUGAUUGUGUCCACGUUUUAUAUUAAAGGCGGCCACAACAACCACCUAUGUAUAUGAUUUAUUAAUUUGUAGUACGGAUA